CACACGUAUUGCGAGGUUAGUAUUAGAAUGGACCUAUUACAAAAUAGGUCCAUGGUAUACUAACAUCGCACCAUGAACCGCGUUUGGCAGUGGAUUUCUAACUAGUGGGUCGCGCGUGCUGGGAUCUCAGUUCUGGUUUCCACAACACACGACUUCAAUAGCUUGAUUUUUCUGUGCGCGGCGGCAUGUAAUGAACCCUUGGGUGCCACGAAAAUAUUUGGCCAUGCAAGGAUGACAGCUUGAUGCAGCACGUUCAUGACGUUUGUCUAUAUGUUUGGCGACACUCAUUUACCUGCGGCUCCUUCAUGAUAAACGAUGACAUCGUCACCAUCCUACCACAGAGAUUCGCCGAUGUCGUCAUCAACGACGCGCUCGCCAUCGCUACGACAACGGGUGAGGCGGCGAUGGGGACUGGUGGUGGUCGGAGCGACGUUCGCCCUCUAUUUCGUGUUGUAUGGGAUCCUGUUCAGCUACAAUGUUCUCUUCGUCGCCUUUCAGCAAGAAUUCAAUAGCAGUGCAACUAUGACAGGCUAUGUUACAGUGAAAAACACUCCGUCCCUCGGAUAGGACGUUAAAUGGAGGCCCCGUACAUACGUCAUAAUAAAGACAACGCUGGAUCCGUGCACUCACAAUUACGUCACAAUGGUUGGGUUGGGAGUAUUCCUCUGAGUAUCUCGCUCAUGUUUGCCCCUCUCAUCAAGAUGGCUUCGGAAAGAUUCGGCUAUCGCUCGGUAUCUGUCUUCGGCAUCUUGAUGGUUUCGGCUGGGAUCUUCGUGACAUCAUUCCUACCGAGUCUCCUUCCCAUGUUCGGUACAUACGGCUUGAUGUCCGGGAUAGGUGCUGGUGUUGUAACCGUCUGUGCCUUUGAUCUGAUCGUGUUGUACUUUCCAGAAAAGAAUACGAUGCGAGCAGUGGCCAUCGCUGUUACAGGGUCAACAGCAGGUAUGUUGUCACUAACACAAGUCAUGGAUCUUACUAUAAGAGAAUUCGGCUGGAGGAUCACGCUAAGAAUUAUGGGAGCCCUCCUCUUUGCCGUUGGACUUCCAUGCGUCCUUACCUACACACUUCCCGUAGAUCAACAAGAACACAAUAGGAAAAGUAAAUACUGCAAAGUGAUAUUUAAACCUGACGAUACUACUGUCGAUAAAGUAUCCGAAGCGGUAGCUGAUCUAGAAAAGUGCCCCUUGAAUUUUCCAUAUCAUUCUAAGAUGGAAGUAGAAUCAAACAAGAUGUUUAUAUCUGGUAGUCCGCCAGCUUACAGAGUUGUAGACGGAUUGGGUGAAGAUACCACGAGUUGGCCCCUUGGAGAGCAGCAUGUACACGCCAUUACUGAAAAGUCGGUUGGAGAACGUAAUGUGGACGCUUAUUCCGAUGGUGAACCGGAAGUCAAAGAGCCAGAGAGUGCAGAGAAUCGCUAUCAUCAAUUGAUGACGAACUGUAAUGUGUCAUCUCAAACACCCUGGAGUGAAAGCGAGAGCGGUGAUGAUGAGAACGAUACGGUUGACGCAAUCAGGGUAAUCAACACGUUGAACGGCAUCUGGCAAAGCGAUGACGACUCCCCAGCGACCAUUGCAAGACUUUAUCCGAUCAGUAACCAUCAAGGACCAACACUUUUGGUUGUUGGCCAUGCUGGUAGUGCCUUCCAACCAGAAAAGCCUCUUGAGGAUUUGCCAAAGCGUGGGAUGCUUCGGAAGAUCUGUACAACACUAACCUUCCCUGAGAUCUGGAUGAUUUCUAUUGCUACAAUACUCAAUGGAAUCGGCGACUGUUUCUAUUAUGUAAACGCGAUAAGCUAUCUUGUGUCCGUUGGCUUUAAGGAGCAGAAUGGUGUCCAAUUUGUGUCUUUCACUGCGGUGUCAAUUUUCGUUUUUAAAGUGGUCUUAGUUUUUAUUGGAGAGCAUCUUCCAUUUCCGAGAAUAUUCAUUCAAGUGAUAUCCAACGUUAUCAGUAUCAUUGUCUGGAUCCUGCUAAUGGUUGUUAGAAGCGUUAUACCCGUCUACUGCACGGCUGUUGUUGCUGGUCUUACCAUUGCCAUAACCAAUGUCGUCACGUUUAGUCUUGCUCCUGAUUUCUUUGGCCAAGAGAGGGCGAUGGAGACGUCAUCCGUCAUCUUCUUCUGCUAUGGGACUGGGUAUCUUCUUGGCUCUCUCGUGGGUCAGAGUAUUGACAACACAGGCUCUUACAAGGGCGCCCUUUGCGCUUUCAUCGGUAUGUACGUCACAUCCGGGAUCUUACUGCUCUUGGCGCCUCUGUAUCAACGCAUCUUUGCACCCGAACGGUUCGUGACCUUUGACAUACACCGGAGGAGACGGGAUGAGAGGAGGGAGAGGAACCGGCUGAGAAAGAAGGACAUACAUCGCUGUAAGGUUUCAAAUGGAGAUAUCAUCGUGUGUGAACAAGUGUCAACUGUUUAGCAAUUCUUCUCAUUAACCCUCAGAUCAUUGUGGUGAUGAUCGCCAUUCCCUGGCAAAAAAAAAACUAAGACAGAAUUUACAAGACCUGAUUUUAAAUUAAAUCCCAGAUCUACGAUGCAAAAAUCAAUGCGAAUAUCACAAGCAUGACAAGGACGUACACCGAAAGCCCACAUUACCGAAUUUUUAUGUGUG